CGCAUGGUGAUGACAGUGUUCCUCUAUUGUGCUUGUAGUUCAUAUUUUGGCCAUACCUAUCGCUGAAGUCAUACACGUUUAUAUAUCGAAUGAUAGUGAAGAACAACCCUAACAACACCGUUUACUGAUUUAAAAGACAAAAGUAGUCUUCAUUGAUCUAAUAGUAUGUUUGUGAUCGCGCGUAUUAACGUAUAACUGUUGUUUUGUUUUUAUAUUGAUUCAUUCAAUAAGACAGAGCAAAGAGAGAUAUGAAAUUUUAAUUAUUAUUGUUAAAUAUUGCAUAAAUCAGUAAAUAAUUGUAAUUAAUUUGUCAUUGGAAAAAAAGGAAAAAAAAAAAAAAGAAAAGAAAAGAAAUUAAUCUCAAUUAAUCUCGCAAUAUUGAUACGUAUUCCGUUCGAUGAUAACAUUCCUGAUUUGUAUAUAUCAUUAAUAUCUUUAGAUAAUCGCAAUAUCGUAUAGUUUAUUUCGUGUAUUUCAAUUGUUCUAUAUAUCGAGGAUGCGAGUUUUUAUUAAUAUAUUAGGUAGAGAAAUGUACUUGUUCCAUAAAGGAAUCAACAAUUUUGGAAUGAAAUUGAGAAAAUUUCAUGAAAGUUGUUUAGUAUAUUCCUUUAAACAAGAUAUUAUUUCAAACAAUGGUACUACAAAUGUUCUAACUAAAGAACAGGCCAAUAUAUUAGCAGAAAAAUUAACUCCAGAAGAACGAAAUAUUUUAAUGACUGUUUUGAACAAAUAUAAAUCUAUGGAUGAUAAAGCUUCAUACGAAGCUCAAUUAGCGGGUAUUCGUUGGAGAAGUAAACUUGGAAGGCCUACAAAAUUGCCUACUUUAGGUGAUGUCGAUCCUACUGGUAGUUACUGUCCUCUACCCGAAAAUUGGCUUCUUCAUAAGUCUGUUGAAAAUGAUGCAAGACCGAGUAAUAGAGUUCUUCUAAAAGUUGCAUUUAUAAAUAGUAUUCCAUUCAUUGCCUUUGGUUUUCUCGACAACGCCAUCAUGAUAGUUGCUGGUGACUACAUUGAAAUGUUUCUGAGCAACAAGUUUCCUAUCUCAACUAUGGCAGCUGCAGCUUUAGGAAAUACUGUAUCUGAUAUAAUAGGAAUUGGAUCUACAAAUUGGGUAGAAAGUUUAGUAGAAAAGGUAGGAAUUAAGAGACCAUAUUUAAGCAAUGCACAAUCAAAGUUACGAAGGACAAGGAUGGCUGUAAAUUUGGGUAGAGUGGUUGGAAUUACGAUAGGAUGUCUAAUUGGAAUGAUAACAAUACCAGCUGUAGACUUUUUCUGCGAUAGAUAAACAAAUUUAUUCUACAAUGUAUUUAUUACUGCAUUUUCGACCACAUGGAAAAAUAUUU